AUGAAUAUUGAAAAGUCAGAUGACAAAGCAAAGAAUGGCUUGAAGUCUUCCUUACUUAUAAGGGAUGAAAACGGAAAUAACUAUACAUGUGACAGAGCUACACUUUCCUCAAAGAAUUGUGCUGCCAAGUUACAUGGUGAUUCAACUGACCAAAAUAUAGUGACCGAGCAUAAAGGUGAUGCUGUUCUUGAAGAUCAGAGUGACUUUGGAAGUAUUCUUCUAAAACAGCAGUGUAUUGAAGCAUUUCAUCUGCCAAGGGUGCCUGGUAAAUAUAACUGCAAAGGAGGAGUUCUCUUGGGAGAUAAAGAUACUGCAUGCAAGUCUUCUCUGACUGAGCACACUAGUGUAUGUCCUUUGAAUUGUGACUUGAAAGAAACAACAAACUUCCUGAAAGGUAAUGUGGCUAUGACAAAAAUGGAAGAUCAGAGUAUUGAACAAUCGAUGCCUUACAGUCAGACUGAAUCAAACUGUGUAUUACCACAUCCUGCUUCAGAGCAAUGCACGCAGUCCAUGAUAGAAAGCAGGGUACGCUACCACCAGAGCACAUUGGAUGUUACUAACAUUGUAAGUGGAACAGUGGGAAGUGAUCAAAAUGAUGUGCAUCUGGGGGAAAUGCUAAUCCCUUCUGAUGAAGGAAAUAGGAGAGAGAAAUUGGGUGCAAUCAGCUCAGAAAAAACACCAAAUUUCUCUUUUACAGUAGUGGCUUCAGGAAGCCUAGAGGCCUCUUCUGAUUUUGAAGUAUAUUAUCCUGCCUCUGCGGGCAUUGAACUCGAUGUAGAAAAUACUAGUGACAUUGGCAGAGAACAAUUGGGAACAGAAGCACAGUCUGGAAAACAAGCUGCUGGAUGUACUGAUCCUCAUACAGAAGCUGAAUUAUCACCAUACAUCUUCACAUAUGAAGAUCAGCAAGUAAAAUUCUUGCAAAAUAUUGCUGACUGUGAUAAAACCAGGAAUUCCAUUGCUCAGACAUGCAUGGAUAGUCCUGGAAAUAACACACACCUUCUACCAGUAGAAAACAUUGGAGAACAAGUAUCAAAGAAAACCAGUGAGCCCUUAACCAAAGAACAAAGCAUCCCUGCUGCUUUUCAGUAUAAGCACAACACCCCUUUUGUGUCUGAAGUGCUACCUUGCAGUGUACCAAAACUAAAGAGAGCAGUUAAGCCUGAACUGAAAUGUGAAGCAACUUUUUUGGUCUUCAGUCCUGUGGCUGGUGAAAGCGAUACUGGGCUAUUUACUUCAACUCCUAAAGAGCGAACAAAACCCACAACUUUUCCUGUUCCAGCUGUGGCAGAAUUGGGAGACAAGUCUUCUAAAUUAAGACCAAACGAGAUGCUCAUAGGAGAGCAUAACCGAAGGCCUUUGCUUAAAGCUUGUUCGGGUCAAAUUGCGGGAAGAGCAGUGGGCAGAUCACCUGUUCCGUCAUCAGUAACCAAAUCGAGGAAAUGUGAGAUUGUUAGCUUUCCCAAACCUAAUUUCAAAAAUGUGAAGCCAAAGGUUAUGUCUAGACCUGUACUACAGUCAAGAGAGAGCGAACCCUUAAAACAGUCUCCUCAGUCACCCAAAAAGUCAGCCGCAUCCUCAUCCUCACUAGUUGCUUCCCCAAGGCAACUGUCCCCCUCUGUAAAAGUGCUGAAAAAGAAAAUAGAUUUAGCUAAAGAUAUGAAAGUGGAACUGCCUGUGAGUAAGCCCCAUAAGUUACAUCUUAAGAAACACCUCUUUGCUAGCCAAGUUGUGCAUGCCACAACGCAGCCGAGAACCGCUUCCCACGGGACUUCAAAGACACCUGCGCUGAAGCAGAAUCUGGAAGGCACUGGCGAAGUGAGUGCUACCAAUUCAGUGUGCUCCUUGGCUUCUGCUGCACUUCCAGCAUGUGGAGAAGGCUCCAAAGAGAUGCUGAAUGAUGAAAUGGAUACUUCAGACUCCUUAGUGCAGCCCUGUGCUCAAAACAUCUGUCCAAAUGGAGGUGUAAAAGAGCAAAACUGCAACAUGGGAAUUCUGGAAGCGCCAUUGUUAAAAGAUAUGGCAAAUGAAACGUUUGUUCUGCACUCAGUUCCUGUGCAGAUGCCUUCUGUGAAAGGUGGAAAUGCACAAGUGAAAAAUACACCAAAGAAAGGCCCAGUUGCUCUACGAAGUGCAUCAGUAUCCAAGGUUAAAAUGGUGCCAUCUGUGUUUCCCUUGAGGAGGGGAAGUGAAAAUAAAAAUACCUGCGCAAUUAAAGCACCUUCUCAGAAAGGAACUGUUCUAUCAUCAAGCUCUGGUCUAGAAUCUUCACCAAGAGAGAAGUAUGCUUCUCUGAAAAAUUCUCCAGCUUCCCAGGCUAGCUCUGGUAAACUACUCUUGAAAUCCAAAGUGCCUGUCAAAAGAUCGGUGCUGGAGAGAACACCUAGUAUCUCAUCACUCAGCAGCACACAGAGUGAGAGAAGUCUUUUCAGCAGUAAUUCUACAAGUGCCACAGUGAUCAUUAAGAAUGGAGAAUGGCCUUCAAAAACAGCCUGCCAGAAUGGUACUUCUGGAUCUGUCUCUUUGAAAGCAGCACCAAGACCUAGAUUACUCUCAUUGAAAGCAACUCCAAAAGGAGCCAAGGCCAGGUGUGCUUCCCUGAACCAGUGCACGCCAAAAUCAUCUGGGCCAUUGCACUCAGCAAGGAAAGUCAGUGAGGCUAGAGGCAGUCAGUUGUUGGGUACUCUUGGAAAAAACAGACACCAAAGUUCGUCGGCUUCUGGUUCUGUUGACAAGGGCAAGCAGCGGAGUCCUAAAAGUUCAUGCAUACAGACACAGACCUCCACAGAUGUGCAUUCAACUGGCACAAAAACAGCUGAGUUGGCACAGUACAAAACAAAAUGUGAGAACCAAAGUGGAAUCAUCCUGCAGCUCAAGAAAUUCUUGUCAAGCAGUAACCAGAAGUUUGAAGCAUUAACAGUUGUGAUCCAGUACCUCCAGUCUGAGAGGGAGGAAGCACUGAAACAACAUAAAGAGUUAUCUCAAGAGCUAGUCAACCUGCGAGGAGAACUAGUAACAACUUCUGCAGCUUGUGAGAAAUUGGAAAGAGACAGGAAUGAACUGCAAGUUACCUAUGAAGGAUUCCUGCAGAAGUUAAAUGAGCAACAUCACAACGAUUUAGCUGAACUGGAGGAGAGGCUUAAGCAGUUUUACACCGCAGAAUGCGAGAAGCUCCAAAGUAUCUGCAUCGAAGAAGCUGAAAAGUACAAAGCGCAGCUCCAGGAGCAGGUGGACAACUUAAAUAUCACACAUGAAAACUUAAAGCUGCAACUUGAAAACAGCCACUCAGAAAAAGUAGAGGAGCUGAAAAAGAAAUAUGAAUCCUCUUUUUCGGAGCUCAAGAAUGCCCAUGAAUCCGAAAGGAAGUCACUUGAAGAUUCCUUUAAAGAGAAGCAGGAACUGCUAGAGAAAAAAAUUGAUGAAUUAAAAUGUGAAAAUGUCGCUCUAAGUGAGAAGCUGAAAUUAGAAGAGCAAAAACAAAUAGCCAAAGAAAAAGCCAGUCUUAAAAACCCGCAGAUCAUGUAUCUGGAACAGGAGCUGGAAAGUUUGAAAGCAGUGCUGGAGAUCAAGAAUGAGAAACUGCAUCAGCAGGAUAUAAAGUUAAUGAAGAUGGAAAAACUGGUGGAAAACAACACCAUCCUAACGGAUAAAUUAAAGAAGGUUCAGCAGGAAAAUGAAGAAUUAAAAGCUCGGAUGGACAAGCACAUGGAACUUUCAAGGCAACUUUCUACUGAGCAAGCCGUUUUACAGGAGUCCCUAGAGAAAGAAUCGAAAGUCAACAAACGUCUGUCAAUGGAAAAUGAAGAACUUCUGUGGAAGUUGCACAAUGGCGACCUAUGCAGCCCAAGAAAACUGUCUCCCAGUUCUUCAUCUGUGCCUCUUCAGUCCCCACGAAAUUCUGGUAACUUUUCUAGUCCUACAGUCUCACCAAGAUGACAUCUCUAGAAAGAAAGGGGAUUGCAUUUCAUUUGAUCUGCAGAACUGAUCAUAACUUUAAUCACAGGAGCAAGAGCUAUAUUAGCUGAGUAUGACAACUAAACAUAACUGGAAACUUUGGUGCAAAAAUAAGAGACUGAGACUAUGGGAGUAAGACUCAUGUAGCGUCUCCCGAAAAGACUUGUUUAUGACCUCUAUGGACAGCGUUGCACAAAGCACUUAGAGAGCAAGGAAAGACUUAUUCAUUGCCUUUUCACCUAACCAUAAGGAAAAGCUCAGGGGCUUAGAGAUAAAGAUCACAACCUUUAUAAUAUGUUCCUUAUCACAGACACUUUUUUAAAGGCUGUUUGUUUGCGUGUGCGCAUGCGUGCUGUGGAUGGAAUGGAUGUAACACACUGCGUGUGUCUAAUGCUGCCUUCUUUGCUGUGUAUGUAAUAAAGGAUAAAAGCUGAAGACUACAGAUUGAUAUGUACUUCCUUAAUGAUGGUGUCAGCGCAUGCUUUUAGCAAAGAGUACUCUUACAGAAACAAUGAGAGACAGGCACCAGUCCUGUAGGUUAGUUUCCUUCAUCUUCCUGGCUUCAGUUCAGUGGAAGAAUGGUGUAAAAAGCUUUGUCCAUUGUCUCAGUGUCUAUGCAAUUCUGAAUGAAUUUUAAAAGCAAAUUGAAUUCUAGCCAUAUUGUGCAUGCACAACAGCAUCAGUUAUGAAGAGGCUGUUUGUUAGUUGCAGUGGACUUUGUCUUUUCAAGAUUCAAAAUCUGACCUUGAGAACUUCAGAACCACAGUGUCCUUCAGUACAGUUGCAGGGUUAGAAGGCCAGACCUAUCACUUUACCUGCUGAAAAGGAAUCCUUAAACAGCAUGUCCAUUGCUGAGGCCAUCUACUGAAAGAAAAAUAAGAUUUGAAAGCCAAAGAGAGAACUGCAAUAAUUAAGGAGGUGCGCUCUCAACUCAGUUCUCAAGAAGAAUCUUAAGUAAGUAAUCUAUGAAUUUCAGUGUACCUGGUGACAUGUUAACAUAAAUUCUGAUGCUUAAAAAGUGAACAUUUGUCAGGGUUUUGGCUCAAUUCCUCUGCAGAAGAAGGUGAAGGUGAUAGCUGCGGAUAAUUAUCUCGCUAAGUCUGCUACAUCUGCCCUCUGAGACUCCAGGAUAUCAGUGUUUUGCCAGUUCAUCUGGCAAAAGAUCCUGGACAGGAAGUUCUGUAGAGUAGGGGAAAAAUUUGUCCUGCCUGCUGAACCCGGAGGCUGAUGGUGUCAGCAUUUCUGGAAAUGUCGUAUGCUGAGUUUCAGCUUAAACAAGGUAAUCACAGAGCCUGGCUACUCCCUUGGUCAGACCUGUUUUAAAAUCUCCACAUCAUAUCAUCUAAACACGGGUUCACAUUAGUAUUCCAAAACCAUGUACUUACAAUAGCUUGGGUUUUACAAUGCCACUUCCAGCACCACCGUAACACUACUGUUCAGCUAACACUGUUAGCUAGCUAUACAGUUAACUGUUACAAUAAGACACAUUCGUGUUUUUCCAUCUCCUCCAUUUCUGUUCUCUGGAAGCUACUGGAAAAGUUUAGGGGACUAAACUGGAGAACCACUUCAAACCAUGUUACCCCAGUCUUGAAAAAUCCUGAUGAUGAACAUAGAAACAAGGCUGGUAACAGUCCUCAUACACUAAGUAAACAUGUAAUAUAUUAAACUUGUGAUCAACUGUUUCACCAUUCAAUUAAUCUUACAUAACGUGCAAGUAAAGGGUCUAUUUUACUGAUUUUAUACUCUCUUAAGCCCCUUUAAGGCACUGUAUGUGCCACUGUUAGUGAUCUCAGUGCUUACAGUUGUUUUCUGGGGUUUCAAAUUUAAUUCUGAAAAUCCUCUGCGGGCUAAAACUUGGCUUAAGAUAUAUAUUAGAACACUCUCAAUUUCUACGGUCAAAGUUUCGAUCACAUGUAUUGGAGCUGAAUGCUUUAAAAAAUAAAUUUUUGUACUAACUGAAAA